AUGACAGAAAUAUGGAUGAUAAUGCUUGCAAAACUCUUCUUGAAUAAUAUGAUUUGUGUGUUCACUACCAUCGAGAGAGCAUCUGCUCACUUGAAAGGAGGCGCUAAAAAGGUAGACAUCUCAGCACCAUCUGCAGAUGCAUCUAUGUUUGUAAUGGGUGUGAACCACGAAAAGUACGAUGCUGCUAAAAAGCACAUUAUCAGUAAUGCUUCUUGCACCACAAACUGUCUUGCUCCACUUGUUAAGGUUAUCAAUGACAACUUCACAAUCAUCGAAGGGCUUAUGACUACCGUCCACGCCACAACGGCGACGCAGAAAACAGUUGAUGGCCCAUCAGGAAAGCACUAUCGUGAUGGACGUGGUGCAGGCCAGAACAUCAUCCCUGCUUCGACUGGUGCUGCCAACAAGGCUGUCGGCAAGGUCAUCCCAGCUCUAAAUGGAAAACUCACUGGAAUGGCCUUCCGUGUGCCAACCCCUGAUGUCUCGGUAGUCGAUCUCACUUGCCGUCUGAAGAAAGCGGCUUCCAUGGAUGACAUCAAAAAAGUCGUCAAGGCAGCCUCUGAGGGUCCAAUGAAGGGUAUUUUGGGAUACACAGAGGAUCAGGUCGUGUCGACUGAUUUCGUCGGUGACCACAAUUCUUCGAUCUUCGAUGCUGGAGGGUAUGACAACGAGUUUGGUUAUUCAUGCCGCGUUGUGGACCUCAUUGCGUUUAUUGCCUCGAAGGACUAA